GAAAAAAGACAGCAUUCCGAUCUCUAAAAAUCUCCAGUGCUGGAUUAGUUUUCUUUUCCUUUCCGUGCUAAACAUAUCGGAUUCUGUGCAAAGAAAUCACACACACACACACACGCAGACACCCCUCACUAACCCAUACCACAUGUAACAAUCAUGUGACGCUAAUCUCGCUCUUCUCUGCAUGUGCCCUCUCUCUCUCUUACACUUCACUUCUUCCAAAACCCCAAAACCCCCCCAAUAAGCUUUAGCAACCAAUAAUACCACACGCAUUCUCUCUCUAUCUUCCUUCUUUUUCUCUAAAAUUCAGUUGCAGAGAGAGAACAGAAUCUAAAAGAUCUCUAAAUUUAGCAAUAAUCGACCAAUCAGAUCAAUCCACGUACCUACUCUUUGCUACUGAAAAAUGAGGUCUCUCUCUCAGACCAAGGUCGCUAAGCCUGGUAACCCGCUUAUCGCCUUUGAGCACAAGAGGGAUGCAUAUGGAUUUGCAGUCAGACCUCAGCAUGUACAAAGAUACAGGGAAUAUGCUAAUAUCUACAAGGAGGAAGAGGAGGAAAGAUCAGAUAGAUGGAAGAGUUUCUUGGAACGACAAGCAGAAUCUGCUGAGUUGCCGCUAAAUGAUUUAUCUUUGGACGAGGUAAAUAAGGCAUUGGUUACUGAAACAACAGAGCAGGACACAAGGAAUGGUUGUGCUGAAGAUGAUGAUUUUAGCAGUGACAAGCCUGGUUCUGAUGUUUCACUCGAGAAUCUUACAGAAAAUGAAGAGAAACAGUCUAUAGCCAGUACAAGAGUCCAUAGGGUGCAAAUAUGGACUGAGAUUAGACCUUCCCUUCGUUCCAUUGAAGAUAUGAUGAGCAUUCGUGUAAAAAAGAAGGGAAAUCAACCAAAAGACCAGCUUGAUCCCAAAAAAGACCCUCCUAAUGAAGAUGCUAAAUCAGCAAAAGGAGCAUCCGAAGAGGAUUCUGAGGAUGAAUUUUAUGAUGUGGAAAGAUCAGAUCCAGUUCAAGACAACUCUUCAAGUGAUGGUGUAAGCGUAUCUGGCACAGGUGCUACUGCAGCUGAUGGGACCCCUCUCGAAUCUUACUUCCCCUGGAAAGAAGAACUGGAGGUUCUUGUUCGUGGCGGUGUUCCAAUGGCACUCAGGGGAGAGCUCUGGCAAGCAUUUGUGGGUGUGAGGGUGCGGCGAGUGGAUAAGUAUUACCAGGAUCUUCUUGCUUCAGAAACUAAUUCAGGAAAUAAUGUAGAACAGCAGUCAGAUAGUGAUGCUAAGGUGUCAACUACAGACCCCGUUUGUGUACCUGAGAAAUGGAAAGGGCAGAUUGAGAAGGAUUUGCCUCGGACAUUUCCAGGUCAUCCUGCCUUGGAUAAUGAUGGUAGAAAUGCUUUGAGACGGUUGCUUACAGCAUAUGCUCGGCACAACCCCUCUGUUGGGUACUGUCAGGCUAUGAAUUUUUUUGCUGCCUUGUUACUACUUCUGAUGCCUGAGGAAAAUGCCUUCUGGGCAUUGAUGGGAAUCAUUGAUGACUAUUUUGAUGGCUAUUACUCAGAGGAAAUGAUAGAGUCUCAGGUUGACCAACUUGCCUUUGAGGAGUUGGUGCGCGAAAGAUUUCCUAAACUGGUAAAUCAUCUGGAUUACCUGGGAGUGCAGGUUGCAUGGGUUACAGGACCCUGGUUCCUUUCCAUUUUCAUGAACAUGCUUCCAUGGGAAAGUGUUCUUCGAGUCUGGGAUGUGCUUCUUUUUGAAGGAAACCGUGUCAUGCUAUUUCGGACUGCACUUGCUUUGAUGGAAUUAUAUGGCCCUGCAUUAGUCACUACCAAGGAUGCUGGAGAUGCAGUCACAUUGCUACAGUCUCUCGCUGGCUCAACAUUUGAUAGCAGUCAACUUGUACUAACAGCUUGCAUGGGUUAUCAAAAUGUGAAUGAAGCUAGAUUACAAGAGUUGAGAAAUAAGCAUCGAUCUGCUGUUAUAGCUGCAGUUGAGGAAAGAACUAAAGGGCUUCAAGCUUGGAGAGAUUCACAGGGUCUAGCAUCGAAGCUAUAUAAUUUCAAGCAUGACCCCAAGUCAAUGCUGAUAGAGACUAAGCAGAAUGGUGGUGAGUUAUCUCGUUCAGAGUCUGGAUCCACUAAUGCAGAUGAAGUUCUUAUAAGCCUGACAGGGGACAUGGAGAUAGAAUCUGUUCCGGAUCUUCAAGAUCAGGUGGUUUGGUUGAAGGUUGAACUGUGCAAGUUGCUAGAGGAGAAAAGAUCUGCUAUUCUUAGGGCAGAGGAGUUGGAGACUGCUUUAAUGGAGAUGGUCAAGCAGGAUAAUCGGCGGCAAUUGAGUGCUAGGGUUGAGCAGUUAGAGCAAGAGGUUUCUGAGUUGCAAAGAGCUCUCUCUGAUAAGCAGGAACAAGAAAACGUCAUGCUCCAGGUCUUAAUGCGGGUAGAGCAAGAGCAGAAGGUGACAGAAGAUGCUCGUAGAUAUGCUGAGCAAGAUGCAGCAGCACAGAGAUAUGCGGCUCAAGUACUUCAGGAAAAGUAUGAAGAAGCCCUUGCUUCACUUGCUGAAAUGGAGAAAAGAGCAGUUAUGGCAGAGUCAAUGUUGGAGGCUACCUUACAGUAUCAGUCAGGACAGCUGAAAGCACAACCUUCACCAAGAGCUUCUCAUCCAGAUUCACCACGAAGCAAUCAAGAGCCUAUACAAGAGAUACCAGCAAGAAAGAUUAGUUUGCUGUCUCGACCAUUUGGACUUGGUUGGCGUGACAGAAACAAGGCAAAACCCGCAAAUGCUGAGGAAUCAAGCAAUGGCAAGGCUUCCAAUGAGGUACAGAGUCCAAGCCCUGAGCAGAAGGCCAGGGAGGUACAGAGUCCAGGUGCUGAGCAGAAGGCCGGUGAGGUACAGAGUCCAGGCGCUGAGCAGAAGGCCAAUAAGAUGCAGAGUCCAAGCGCUGAGCCGGAGGGCACAAAUGGCCUUUCAGUAGAUAAAGAAUAGAGAUUUGCAGGUUUACCUUAAAUCAUAUACAAUAUAGAUAUUGAGUUCUCUAGUGUCAGUUGGGCGUGGUCGAUAUUUUUUUGUGUACCAGGAGAGCAUAGAUUAGUUUUAUUUUUAUUUUUAUUUUUUCUCAUCUGUUAUUAUUAUUAUUUUUUUAGAGCUAUAUCCGUUGUCAUUGUUUGUUCAUUGAACAGUAAUAAUAGUAUUAAUGGUGAAGAAAAUGUAAGACAGACAUGAUUUCCAAAUAGUGAAACAAAUUGUAUAAUCUUUCCAAUA